UUUUGGAUUUCCUCCUGAAGUUUUAGAUUUAAAAGAAUGAGCCUCAUAACUGAAGCCAGCUGUGAGAUGGGAAAUCCGUGAGAGAUGACUCGUUCACAUUGUCUCAAACCUUGGACAUGAUGUAAUCUUUGCUGCUGCUGUUUGUCUGAGACCGAAAUGUGCUGAAUAUGCCCAGGAAGGCCAAACACAGAAUGUUCUGAUGAGAAACGCAGAGACUGCUCUCGCAGCCAGAGUCAAUACCAUAUAGAACCCAUACAGAAAUUUAACCAGGAGAAGGGCUGAAAAGAUGGCGGGUGUCAGUGGCGAGCGUAAGGGAAAGAAGGAUGACAACGGGAUGGGCACAGCCAUCGACUUUGUGCUUUCCAAUGCCAAGCUUGUGUUGGGUGUCGGAGGAGCAGCUAUGCUUGGCAUCGCCACACUUGCAGUCAAAAGAAUGUAUGACCGUGCCAUAAGUGCUCCCACAAGCCCAACCAAGGUGGAGCAGUCUGGGAAGAGGAGCUGGGAGGAGCCAAAAUGGCUUGGUUCCUCACCUCGUUUGCUGACCAAUGAUAUGAAGUCGACAGUGAGCAGGUCCUUACAGUCCCUUCCGACUUCUUCCAGUGUCUCUGAUCCAGACUGCCUGCGGCGAGCGGUGGGUCACGGCGGGGUCGGGCAGGCGGAGCUGCGCCACGCCCGUCAGCGCCUCUCCCUGCAGGAGCGGCUGUGGGCGUUCUACCGGCACACUGUGGCCAUCCCUCCCGAGGAGCAGGCCAGGGCCCGGCAGGCCGCCCUGGACAUCUGCGCUGAGCUCAGGGUCUUCCUGCACGCCAAGCUGCCCGACAUGCCCCUGAGGGAGAUGUACCUGAGCGGCAGCCUCUACGACGACCUGCAGGUGGUGACUGCUGACCACGCCCAGUUGAUGGUCCCCCUGCUCCUGGAGAAGAACCUGUGGUCACCGGUGCCGGGGGAGGACACCAUCAUGAACAUGCCUGGGUUUUGGCUGGUGCGCCGGGAGAACCUGGAGUACUUCCCCAGGGGGAGCAGCUACUGGGACCGCUGUGUGGUGGGGGGCUACCUGUCCCCCAAGUCCGUGCUGGAGCUCUUCGAGAAGGUGGUGGCCCGCUCCGUGAACUGGCCGGCCAUCGGGAGCGUGCUGGACUACGUGAUCCGGCCGGCCGUGCCCUCGGAGACGCUGACCCUGGAGGUGCAGUACGAGACGGACCGGCGGCUCUUCGUGGACUUCCUGCCGGCGCUCGCCAUGGGCGACGGCGUCUCCCUGAUCGCCAAGCCGCACCGCUGGGCCGAGCGGCACGAGAACCUGUGGCGGCAGAGCUUCCGGGUGGAAGAGACGGCGCGGCUGCGGGCGCUGGACCAGGAGGACGGGGGCUGCCGCUGCCUGUGCCUGAAGGUGGCCAAGGCCGUGUGCAAGCUGAACCCCGCCCUCUCGCGCCUCUCCGCCAGCCAGCUGACCAACGCCCUGUUGCUGCUGAGCGAGAGGGAGGGGGACUGGACCCAGGAGGCGCUGGCCGACCGCUUCCUGCACCUGCUGCGCGCCCUGGUGGGACACCUAGAGGCCGGGAGGCUCCCUUGCGCCCUCUACCCCAAAGUCGAUCUCUUCUGCGAGCUCACCCCUCAGGAGGUGGACGAGCUGGGCUACACCCUCUACUGCGCCCUCUCCGAGCCGGAGGGGCUCCUGAGUACUGCCUGACCCCUGCCCUCACUGUGCCCCCACGGGGACCAACGAUGACAAGCGGCGUCCGUUCAGAGGGUCUUAUCAGAAAAGCUAGCUCCACCCACUCCUGUGGGACAUGAACGACAUCGCUCAUGUCUUAGGCUCAGCCGUUGGGCUGUACGCUCAGUGCCUUUGUCUGCAUUUUAGAAGCGCCUGUAGUUUCUCUCUCUGUCCAGGUUUUCAGUUAGAACUGGCGUGUGUACAGUUGAGGAUCCAAAAACGAAUUCGCCCCGAAGCGUUUCAGAUUGUUCCAACAAAGGGCCUCGUUAUUGGCUUUUAUCAUCAUACGACAUCAUCUGACUGCAGUGACUCACAGUGCACAGUGCAGGAAUAGGGGAAUUUGAGGUUUGCUCAGUUCCACUCUACUUAAAUGCACAGACACGUAUACGACGUGUAUCUGAAGAGCUGUUACGGUAGGGUGUAGCGAUGCUGCACAGCAAUCUGAAUUCUCCUCUCGAGUUGUCAUUUGGAAAAGAAUGUUGAAAUUAAGAAUAAAAAAGGUAAAUGUGUGUGUAUCAAGUAAUUUUCUUUAGAAAUGCAGAUGAAGUUAACAGAGCAGCAAAAGAGGAGCAUUAGACAGGAAUAGUGCUGUUUCAGAAGGAGGGGAGGGGGGGAAUGAAUUAUGACCCCUCAGUAGUGAAUCCACAAGCUCCAACAAACAUGACUGCCCACUGUGUUUAUUGCCAUUACGCACACUGCAGCAAAGGUGGCUUUACAAGUGUACCACUUUAAAUAUGCCAGCUCCUUUAAUGGGAGUUGUCCUGCCACAUGUUUGAACAUGGUCAGCUCUCAACAGUCUUGAGAAUCAGUGAUAGAUUGUCUGUGCUGUUAAAUCAGUCAAGUGCAUCGUUUCCUGCAGAAGUGGAAUGGUAGUAUUCGGCUUGGUGUUUCGGCUUUCCACUUAUUUUUCUUCAUUUUCUUCAGCUGAACAGUAGCUGUUUUGAACAUUGUUACUUUCAAAAGCAACAGGUAAAUUGGUUUUAAAAUUUUUUAGUAAGAGGGCUUUGGUCACUGGUUGCCAGUUCAUUCAGGUUCAAUUACAAAAAGAAAAUCCCUAAAACUGUGAUUUAAGACUGAAACUGAAUACUGAAACAGGAAUAUUUGCUGGUAUCAGCCACAGUGAAUGAAGAUUUACCAUGAUGAGUUUGAGAAAUUGUAUUCUUGUAAUUUUGUCAUCUAAGUAGGUGGUACUGAUGUAUACAAGAAUCCUCCCAUUGGGUAUUAGUUUGACCAUUGGGUUUUGAAUAGAAUCCUCUAAGGUAUAUUCUGUAUACUCUGUGUAUGCGCGCACAUAUAACGCAGAUACUCCCUUACUCCCCAUUUUCCUGUCAAACAGCACAUUGCUGUCUUUGUGAAAGGUUUUCCCUGCUCGUUCUUAUUAGAAUGAAAUCUUGUGAAAACUGGAAUAGAUAAUAUAUCAAUGCAUAUGUCAUGAAAUUCUAUCAAACUGUGGAAGAGGCCGAGCCAUCUGGAGAACUUUACUUCCUUUAUAUAUUUGUGAAGUCACUGAUUGGGGGGGAAAAAAAGCUGUGCUACCUGUGCACAACUUAAUGCACACACGCUUGUCUGUGAACUAGUGAGUAAAGUCUUUUUCCUAGGCUGCUCAUUUUUCACUUCAGUGUGCAUUUUCUGUUAUGUCAUUGGCAGCCCUGUUUCACAAACCUGGCUGUUUCUCAUCUUGGCUGCAGAAUAGCACCUUCUCUUCGUAGAUGAAAGAGAUUGUAGGACGCCAGUGUCCUGAAUCAGCUAUCAGUGCUGAUGUGAGAUAAGGAAGCCAUCUUUUCACUUCUGAUGCGUCAUAGUCUUCCAUACUGAAAUGCUUUUCAGUCUGUUGAUUUUUCUGAGGACUUGGUGUUGCCAGGUCCUUGACAGGUCUUAGUUUUGUGAUAGAAGAUACUAGAGGUGUGUCCUCCACAGUUAUGCUACAAUCCCCUGCCUUGACAGCAAUAUUGCUUUUCAGUUUAAGGCACAGAAAUUCAGGAGGACCUUUUUGGUUCUUCUAAAAAGUUGGAUUCAGGUAUUUAUUUUUAGAUAUUCAUCUGUAGAGAUUCAACUCCUGUUACUGGUUAUGUCUCACGCAGAACAGAGUUAUGUACAGAUAAACUUUUGGGGGUUAAUGAAAUUGGGUUGUGCAGUGAUGCCAUUUUAUAAAGAUGUGCAUAUCGUGUGAAAACAUUAAUAUUUUUGUACUAUAUAGCCAAAAGAGUAUCAGAAUAUUUAUGUUUGUAAUACAACCACACCACACCAGAUCUACCCUUGUAUAAAUAAAAAUACCUCACCAUAGAUUUUGUUGAAUUGAAAGGGUUUCUACAGGUUAUUUUAUCCAAAAUGGGACCUUGUGGAGGAGUUGAGAGUUGCAGGCCUCUGUGCUUUGUUUUUCCAUUACUCGGUUAAGAUGGUUAAGAUAACGCUCCCAUGUUGUUUAGGAGUUGCUCUUUAACUAUGUGAUCAACUAAAGGUGUUAUUGUCUAGGUUUUUGGGAAGCUCACCAGGUAGGCCUUUUCUGCUCUGUGGUGGAUUACAGCCUGGCAAUGUCCUUCAAUUCAGUUUUCCAGAAAAUGUGCCACACAAAUCACUUUGUACUCAG